GAUUACAGUUCUCGUCUACUCUCUGUGCUGUUAAGGCUCCACUUUCUUCUCUCCCUUUCAAAUAGAUUCUGCAAUUCUCUCUCUGCGUUGUCCGAAACCGCCAUUUUCGAUGGCGGUGAAGUCUCUUCUCUUUUUCUCUGUUUCUGUUCUCAUUCUCCUCAGCAUUUACUGCUCCGCGGCUACUCUCUCGAACGACGACGAGGAUCUCAGUUUUCUGGAGGACAGCGACGCCGAAUCGUCGCAUCCAGAUCAGUACCAGAGAGACUUCGAGAACUACGACGACCUCUAUGAGGACGACGGGGCCUUAGAUUCGGACGAUCACGAGGCGUACUCGACGCCUGUGGUUGACGAGAAGGACGUGGUGGUGCUGAAGGACUCGAAUUUCAGCAAUUUUAUCGCGCAAAACCGUUACGUGAUGGUGGAGUUCUACGCGCCGUGGUGCGGACACUGUCAGGCCCUGGCACCGGAGUACGCCGCGGCCGCGACCGAGCUGAAGGGCGAGGCGGUGCUCGCGAAGGUGGACGCGGCGGAGGAGACUGACCUCGCUCAGAAGUAUGAGAUCCAGGGGUUUCCGACUGUGUUUUUCUUCAUUGAUGGCGUUCAUAAGGAUUAUCCUGGCCAGAGGACCAAGGAUGCUAUAGUGACUUGGGUGAAGAAGAAGACUGGGCCUGGCAUAUACAACCUAACAACAGUAGAGGAAGCUGAACGAAUAUUGACGUCUGAAUCCAAAGUAGUUUUGGGCUUCCUUGACACUCUAGUGGGUCCACAGAGUGAGGAACUAGCUGCUGCUUCAAGACUGGAAGAUGAUGUCAGCUUCUAUCAAACUGCUAGCACAGAAGUGGCAAAACUUUUCCACAUUGAUCCCCAAGCCAAACGUCCAGCUUUGGUCUUGCUGAAAAAAGAAGCUGAAAAGAUUAGCCACUUUGAUGGUCAAUUCACCAAGUCAGAAAUCACACAAUUCGUAUAUGAGAACAAGCUUCCUCUUGUAACCAUUUUUACUAGGGAAAUUGCUCCACUAAUCUUUGAGAAUCCAAUUAAGAAGCAGUUGUUGCUUUUUGCUACUUCAAAUGAUUCUAUCAAGCUCAUACCCACAUUCCAAGAGGCAGCAAAGCCUUUUAAGGGGAAGCUUAUUUUUGUAAUCGUUGAAAUGGACAAUGAGGAUUUUGGGAAGCCAGUUUCAGAGUACUUUGGUGUAGCUGGAGAUGCUCCAAGAGUUCUUGCCUACACAGGGAACGAUGAUGCCAGAAAAUUUGUGUUGGAUGGCAAACUGACCUUAAGCAACAUUAAGUCAUUUGCAGAGGACUUCCUCGAUGACAAACUUAAACCCUUUUACAAGUCAGAUCCAGUUCCAGAGACAAAUGAUGGGGAUGUCAAAAUAGUGGUUGGCAAUAACUUUGAUGAAAUAGUUUUGGAUGAGUCAAAGGAUGUUCUUCUUGAGAUUUAUGCUCCUUGGUGUGGGCAUUGCCAAGCACUGGAGCCAAUAUACAACAAACUGGGCAAGUAUUUGCGGGGCAUUGAUUCACUUGUUAUCGCCAAGAUGGAUGGAACCACAAAUGAGCACCCUAGGGCAAAGGCUGACGGUUUCCCAACCCUUCUUUUCUUCCCGGCCGGAAAUAAGAGUUUUGAUCCGAUUACUGUCGAUACCGACCGCACAGUAGUGGCAUUCUACAAGUUCCUGAAGAAGCACGCCACCAUUCCUUUCAAGCUGCAAAAACCAGCUGAGUCACAGAAACCCAAGGAGUCUGAUGACACUGAGAGCCAGAACAGCAGCAACGAGACAGUGAAAGAUGAACUGUGAGGUUUGUGAAGUUUUUCCUUGGGAAAAUUGCACUAUGUUGCUGCAGGCAGUUUUUCUUCUCUUUUUGAAGUUUUUAUGAUGCUACUUUUUGAUCAUUUUCAGAUGAUCUUUACAGAAAUGGGAGAAAAUUAUAUAAGAGUUAUUGGGGGUAUAGUGAAUUAUAGUGCUGUUACUGUUAGUGCAAAAUUUACUAGCGAACUGAGAAGCAUUUUAGAUUGGAAGGGUGGCAGCAAGCCACCGAUCCUAUUAGAUUAUGGAUACGUUUCUUAUUUAAGUAAUCUUUGCUUCUAUAAAGAACCAAUCAUCAUCAUCAUCA